GACCGGCCUGCUGUCCUCUUCGUCCUCUGCUCGGUCGUCUGAUCCUUCUGUGUGUCAGCGAGGCUUCGCUCAGGUGAGAGCCGACUAAGAAUGUCUUCUUUGAAGGAGAUAUGCAGCGGUUUGCCACUGCAGCCUUUGCCCACUAACCACGGAAGAGACCCGAAUGUGCCUCACGCUCCUGUCCGGACCCCAAACCUGACAGCCGAAGAGGAACGGCUGGCUCUGAGGAAUGCCCUGCGUUACUUCCCACCUUCCCAUCAUGCAAUCCUGGCACCAGAGUUUGCUCAAGAGCUCAGGCAGUUCGGGCACAUCUACAUGUACCGCUUCUGUCCCACAGUACGGAUGAGAGCGUACCCCAUAGACCAGUACCCGUGUCGCACGCGCCAGGCGGCUUCAAUCAUGCUGAUGAUCAUGAACAACCUGGAUCCAGCUGUUGCUCAGUUCCCUCAGGAGCUGGUCACCUACGGGGGGAACGGGCAAGUGUUCAGUAACUGGGCGCAGUUUCGUCUGGUGAUGCAUUACCUGAGUGAGAUGACGGAGGAGCAGACUCUGGUCAUGUACAGUGGUCAUCCCAUGGGCCUCUUCCCCAGCCUGCCUUCAUCCCCUCGAGCCAUCAUCACCAACGGAAUGGUGAUUCCAAACUACUCGAGCAGAGAGCAGUAUGAAAAGAUGUUUGCGCUUGGCGUAUCGAUGUACGGACAGAUGACAGCAGGCAGCUACUGCUACAUCGGGCCUCAGGGGAUCGUUCAUGGCACGAUGCUGACCGUUCUGAACGCCGGCCGGCGGUACUUGGGCACCAGUGACCUCAGGGGUCGCGUCUUUGUGACCUCUGGGCUGGGCGGUAUGAGCGGGGCACAGGCCAAAGCAGCGGUCAUCGCCGGCUGUGUCGGCGUGAUCGCAGAGGUGGACGAGGCUCCGCUCAGGAAGAGGCAUGAACAGGGCUGGUUGAUGGAGGUGACCUGCAGCCUGGACCAGUGCAUCAAACGCAUCAGAGAGUGCCGGCGGUCGAAGACUCCUCUCAGCCUGGGCUUUCAUGGGAAUAUUGUGGACCUGUGGGAGCGUCUGGUUCUGGAGCACAAGAGAACCGGUGAGCUGCUGGUGGAUUUGGGUUCGGACCAGACUUCUCUUCACAACCCCUACAACGGGGGGUACUACCCCGUUCAGCUCGGCUUCCGACAGGCCAACCAGCUCAUGGCCACGGACCCCAGUCGAUUCCGCACCACGGUUCAGGACAGCCUCAAGAGACACAUCAAGGCCAUCAACCAGCUGGCAGAUAUCGGGAUGUUCUUCUGGGACUAUGGAAACGCCUUCCUGCUGGAGGCUCAACGAGCCGGGGCCGACGUCAGUAAGGAGGGCGGAGGAGCGACAGAGUUCCGCUACCCCUCCUACGUCCAACACAUCAUGGGAGACAUUUUCUCUCUGGGCUUCGGGCCUUUCCGCUGGGUCUGCACCUCUGGAGACGCCGCAGAUCUUGAGGUGACAGACAACAUCGCUGCUUCUGUGCUGGAAGAGAUCGGCACACAGGCAGAUGAUAAAAUCCGACAGCAGUACAACGACAACAUUCGCUGGAUCAGGGAGGCUGGGAGACACAAGAUGGUCGUGGGCUCUCAGGCGAGGAUCCUCUACUCAGACCAGAAAGGAAGAGUUUCCAUUGCCUUGGCGAUCAACCAGGCCAUUGCUGAUGGAAGAGUCUCAGCUCCCGUGGUCAUCAGCAGAGACCACCACGAUGUCAGCGGCACCGACAGCCCCUUCAGGGAAACCUCCAACGUCUACGAUGGCUCUGCUUUCUGCGCAGAUAUGGCGGUCCAGAACUUUGUUGGCGACGCCUUCAGGGGCGCCACAUGGGUCGCGCUGCACAAUGGGGGCGGUGUUGGCUGGGGUGAAGUGAUGAACGGAGGAUUUGGUUUGCUGCUGGACGGUUCAGAAGACGCAGCCAAGCGGGCUGCACUGAUGCUGAACUGGGACGUGUCCAAUGGGGUUGCCCGUCGCUGCUGGUCUGGAAACACAAACGCUUAUGAGACCAUCCAGAGAACCAUGCAGGAGAACCAGCAGCUGCAGGUCACCAUGCCCUUUCCUGUCCAGGACCAACACGUCAUAGACCAGGCUCUGCAGGGUUGACCAGCAUUUUACACUCACCCUGAAUAAAUAAAUCAAAGGUUCCACAUAAA